GUCGCAACGAUAAAUUUGAUUAUGAUGGAGCGCCAAUACCUACAAGUCUUACCGGCCUUUCUCGCCGCCUACAGCAUCUCCGUCUAUCCUUCAUCACCCUCGUUAAAACAUGGCACUGAACGCCAGCCCGGAAGCCAGAAGCCCCUUUCGUACCCUUCGAUCGACGACAUCCAUCUAGCAAACAAAAACAGGGGCCGACGUAUACCGCCCGUCUUAUCCUCUUCGAACUCUCUACAGCGUGUCCCUUGCGUACAUACCCGGGGUCAACCCAGACCACAUCCCGCUCCUCGACAGCAGGCAAGCACGCGCUGUCAGCAUGCACCACUCAUCUGGGCAAAAGCAGCCGGGCUCCGCGCAGUGCAGUGCGUUGACACGAAGCAGAAGGACGUUUCCUUCAACCGAAGUAGUGCCUCUCGGCCGGCUCGCUUGCAAAGAAGCCCGCCUUUCCCCAUCCCCCCUAGCUCGUCCUCGCACACCUCACUCCCACCGUUCCUCCGACAUUCACCAUUUGCCUUUGCUCAUGCUCCCCCCCUCUCCCGGUCCCAGGAGCCGCAAAAUCCCUCGCUCCUGUCCCCACAGCGCCCGUCCAAUCACACCCCGCCAGACACACAGUUGCAGCUUGGCAAUGCAUGCCAUCCCGACGAGAUAGAAUCCCGCGUCGAACCGCCCGCCGCGUCUGCUGGCCGGAACGAGUGAUGGCGAACGAGCUCGAGCAAAGGACCUCGGACACGUUUGCCUGCUGCGUGCUUGCUUGGCUGACAUAUUUUACUAGCAAGCCCCUGGUCUGACGUCCCCUCGUUGCUGGCCCCUUGCACCUUGUUAUCCUGGGAGCUGCAGCUAUGGUAUGCAUGACCCUUUCAACGCAGCAGUAGCAGGUUUUCAUGCACGAUGGGAUGGGAUGGGGAUGGG